CCCCCCGGUAGGCGGGGCCGCGCUCUCCCCGCAGCCGCCGCCGCAGCCGCCGCCUGGGCCGCCCCGUGUCCCCGGUGGAGCCGCCGCCGCCGCCGCCGGGAGCUCGAUGCGGACGGAGCCCGGGCCGGGCCAUGGGGAUCCUCAGCAUCACGGACCAGCCGCCCCUGGUCCAGGCCAUCUUUAGCCGAGAUGUGGAGGAAGUGCGUUCCCUCCUCUCGCAGAAGGAGAACAUCAAUGUACUGGACCAAGAGAGGCGGACCCCAUUGCAUGCUGCUGCCUACGUAGGCGAUGUCCCCAUCCUCCAGUUGCUACUGAUGUCAGGUGCUAAUGUCAAUGCUAAGGACACACUGUGGCUGACCCCUCUUCAUCGUGCUGCUGCUUCCCGAAAUGAGAAGGUGCUGGGAUUGCUGCUGGCACAUUCAGCAGAUGUGAAUGCCCGGGACAAGCUGUGGCAGACACCAUUGCAUGUGGCUGCCGCCAACCGGGCCACGAAGUGUGCUGAGGCUCUGGCACCCCUGUUGAGCAGCCUCAAUGUGGCUGACAGGAGCGGGCGCAGUGCCCUGCAUCAUGCAGUGCAUAGUGGGCAUCUAGAGACGGUGAACCUGCUCCUGAACAAGGGAGCCAGCCUGAAUGUUUGUGAUAAAAAGGAGCGGCAGCCUCUGCACUGGGCAGCUUUUCUAGGGCAUCUGGAGGUCCUGAAACUGCUGGUGGCACGGGGAGCAGACCUCAGCUGUAAGGACCGCAAGGGCUAUGGGCUUCUCCACACAGCUGCUGCCAGUGGCCAGAUUGAAGUGGUGAAGUACCUGCUCCGGAUGGGGGCUGAGAUCGAUGAGCCCAAUGCUUUUGGAAACACAGCUUUGCACAUCGCCUGCUACCUGGGCCAGGAUGCUGUGGCUAUUGAGCUGGUGAAUGCAGGAGCCAAUGUCAACCAGCCGAAUGACAAGGGCUUCACGCCGCUGCAUGUGGCUGCAGUCUCUACCAAUGGCGCUCUCUGCUUGGAGCUGUUGGUCAAUAACGGGGCUGAUGUCAAUUACCAGAGCAAGGAAGGGAAAAGUCCUCUGCACAUGGCUGCCAUCCAUGGUCGUUUCACCCGCUCCCAGAUCCUCAUCCAGAAUGGCAGCGAGAUUGAUUGUGCUGACAAAUUUGGGAACACGCCACUGCACGUGGCUGCUCGCUACGGACACGAGCUACUCAUCAGCACCCUCAUGACCAAUGGCGCGGAUACCGCCCGGCGCGGCAUUCACGACAUGUUCCCUCUGCAUUUAGCUGUUCUCUUUGGAUUCUCUGACUGUUGUCGUAAGCUUCUUUCCUCAGGUCAGCUGUACAGCAUUGUAUCUUCACUCAGCAACGAGCAUGUGCUUUCAGCUGGGUUUGACAUCAAUACGCCUGACAACCUUGGCCGCACCUGUCUUCAUGCUGCUGCUUCUGGAGGGAAUGUUGAAUGUCUUAAUUUGCUGUUGAGCAGUGGAGCUGACUUGAGGAGGAGAGACAAAUUUGGAAGGACCCCACUGCACUAUGCAGCCGCCAAUGGCAGCUACCAGUGUGCAGUCACACUGGUGACUGCUGGGGCGGGUGUCAACGAGGCCGACUGUAAAGGCUGUUCUCCCCUCCACUACGCUGCCGCCUCUGACACCUACAGGAGAGCGGAACCCCACUCAUCGUCCAGCCACGAUGCUGAAGAGGACGAGCCACUGAAGGAGUCCCGCAGGAAGGAGGCCUUCUUCUGUCUGGAGUUCUUACUGGAUAACGGUGCAGACCCCUCCCUGCGGGACAGGCAGGGCUACACAGCUGUGCACUAUGCAGCCGCCUACGGCAACAGACAGAACCUCGAACUGCUCUUAGAAAUGUCCUUUAACUGCCUGGAGGAUGUGGAGAGCACCAUUCCAGUUAGCCCUUUGCACUUAGCUGCCUACAACGGUCACUGUGAAGCCCUGAAGACACUGGCUGAGACGCUGGUGAAUCUGGAUGUAAGGGACCACAAGGGCCGGACCGCGCUCUUCCUGGCCACUGAGCGAGGCUCUACUGAGUGUGUGGAGGUGCUUACGGCCCACGGCGCCUCUGCUCUCAUCAAGGAGCGCAAACGCAAGUGGACACCCCUGCACGCUGCUGCUGCCUCUGGCCACACUGACUCCCUGCACUUGCUGAUCGACAGUGGGGAACGCGCCGACAUCACUGAUGUCAUGGAUGCCUAUGGACAAACCCCACUGAUGCUGGCCAUCAUGAAUGGCCACGUGGAUUGUGUCCAUCUGCUGCUAGAGAAAGGAUCCACAGCUGAUGCUGCUGACCUCCGGGGCCGCACCGCCCUCCACCGUGGGGCAGUGACUGGCUGUGAGGACUGCCUGGCUGCCCUGCUGGACCACGAUGCAUUUGUGCUGUGCCGAGACUUCAAGGGCCGCACCCCCAUCCAUCUGGCCUCAGCCUGCGGCCACACUGCAGUGCUGCGGACGCUGUUGCAGGCCGCCCUUUCCACAGACCCCCUGGAUGCUGGCGUGGACUACAGUGGAUACUCGCCCAUGCACUGGGCCUCCUACACUGGACAUGAAGAUUGUCUGGAGUUGUUACUUGAACACAGCCCGUUUUCAUACCUGGAGGGAAACCCCUUCACUCCUUUGCACUGUGCAGUAAUUAAUAACCAGGACAGCACCACAGAGAUGCUGCUGGGAGCUCUGGGUGCCAAGAUUGUGAACAGCCGAGAUGCCAAAGGACGGACCCCUCUUCACGCCGCUGCCUUCGCGGACAAUGUAUCUGGGCUCCGGAUGCUACUGCAGCAUCAAGCCGAGGUGAACGCCACUGACCACACUGGCCGCACUGCGCUCAUGACGGCGGCCGAGAACGGCCAGACCGCUGCUGUGGAAUUUCUGCUGUAUCGAGGGAAGGCAGACCUUACUGUGCUGGAUGAGAACAAGAACACUGCCCUCCACUUGGCUUGUAGCAAGGGCCAUGAGAAAUGUGCCCUCAUGAUCCUGGCAGAAACCCAAGACCUUGGCCUUAUCAAUGCUACCAACAGUGCGCUGCAAAUGCCACUCCACAUUGCUGCCCGGAAUGGUCUAGCUUCUGUGGUGCAGGCCCUGCUAAGUCGUGGGGCCACAGUGCUGGCUGUGGAUGAAGAAGGUCACACCCCAGCGCUGGCCUGCGCCCCCAACAAAGAUGUGGCAGACUGCCUGGCCUUGAUCCUCUCCACCAUGAAGCCUUUCCCACCCAAGGACGCCGUCAGUCCUUUCAGCUUCAGCCUGCUCAAGAACUGCGGCAUCGCAGCAGCCAAGACGGUGGGUGGCUGCGGCGCCCUGCCCCAUGGGGCCUCCUGCCCCUACAGUCAGGAGCGGCACGGCGCCAUUGGGUUAGACGGCUGCUAUUCGGAGUAGCCCCCCAUCAGUGUCCCUCCCCCUGCCGGUGGCUUGAUAUCUUAUUCUAUUUAUUUAGAAAAAGUCUAUACAUUUAGGGCACUUUAAAGGAGAACACGACUGGGUGGGGGGGGACAGAGGGGGGAAAAAUGCACUGGGGAGCAGCUGCUCACCCCUUUGCCACACCAUCCUGGCCUGGCAAGGGUCUGGGACCAACAGGGAGCACCCCAGGCCCUUGGUACCCCCAGGGCAACCCCUUCUGCCAAGUGUCCCCAAAUGAUUGCUAAAUGCCUGGCUACCCUCUCUUUUACCCCAUCUCUCAGUUCCCCCUUUCUGCUGCCAACUCCCCCCACCCUUUCCUCUGUUUCUCCUCUUUGUGUUCCGCUGCCCAUGCCCCUACUGCCAGGCAGAUCCCUCCUCUUCUUCCAUACCCAUCACUGCCUCCCUGCUCGGCUGGCCCCUCCAUCCCCGCAGCAGUGAGAAGCCUUAAUUUCUGGUACUGUGUGAGCACUCUGGGGGUGUCCCCCUCCCCCUUCAGGGGCAGCUAGUGGAUGAGGGGGGAGGGUAUUUAGCACUGGGGCCUGGAGCUUUUCCCCCACUUCUGUACCCCAUCACCCCUAAAGUUCAAAUGCAGAACACUUGAAGCAGCAACUACUGUACCUGGGCCCCAAUCCUGCACUCUCCCCUGGCUCCUCAUAUGCAAAUCAAGGGCUGGUUCUGCCCCCACAGCCUGCUCCUCCCUGAUUCCCUUCCACUCCUGGCCUGGUCCCCUAACCACGCACUUUAACCUUGCUUCUUUCUUUUAACUUCUUUUGGGAGGGCAGAGCCUGUGGCCAUUCCCUCCCUGGCUCCCCUCUCCCUUAACUUUGAGCUUGUCAUGAAUUUUUAAGUAAGCAUUUUAUCCUUUAGGGGAAGAAACAAAUUAAUAUCCUGCCCAUUUCAAGACCACAGCCCUAGAAUGUCCUGUGUGUUUCAGGCAUGUGUUUGCAUGUGUGGGGAGGGAAGGACAAUAUUCUUCCUCCUGUGCCCCCCAAACCCAUAGUUCCUCUGUACCCCCACCUUCCGUUAUGUCCAAGAGUACCCACCGCCCCCAGUCACUCCUGAUCUGAAGCCAAAGAUGGUGGGAGGGGCAGGGCAGACUAGGGACCGUGGCUACUCGGGACCCAGGCUUCCCCUCUGGUGUGAGGAUGAAGCUCUGAUCUAGGGAGUGACGAAUACACACUGAGGCUUGGUCCCUGCCCUCCCAGCAGCGGGGAGACAUGGGAUUGAGCUAGGGGCUGCACUGAGAAGAUUCCUAAAAGUCGCACCCCAAAAGCCAAACUGGGCCAGAGUGAGGAGGGGGCAGUUUUCUCUCUAAAUGUAGCAUUGAAUUUGGCCCUGGUCCCUUCAAACGCCCUGUCCAUCCAUCUCCCAGCUAAGCCUCCUGGACAGUUGGACCCGCUCCCAUAGCCCAGUGUUCCCUUCCUCACACUCAAUACCUCAGCCAGGGGCCAAGACACAGAACUUGAAUAGAGGUCAUGCCCCCUCCACCCCCACAGUGCAUCCUUGCCCAGUUUGGCUGCCAUCAGUAUUGUCCCCUGAGAACUGGACAGGCUUUGUUUACACAGUACAGGGUCUCCUCCGGGGGAUUCCUCAGUCUCCUCCCCUCCUACGCCCCCUCACGCUUGCUUUGUUCACAACCUCACCCACUUUUCAGUUGUUUUUCCUGCAAGUCUUGCCACCCUUGCCAAGGGUGGGCUGAGGGGGGAGGGGGUAUCCCAGGGACCCCUGCCUCGCUAACAGAUACCCUUAACCAUACCUCAUGCUGGUUCCCUGAAGCCUGGGGUGUUUGUCCAAGUCCUUUUUGUUUUUUUGUUGUUGUUGUUGUUGUUUGGCUUUUUUUUUGUCAUGGUCUCUUUUUAUCCCCUCUGUCUGUGUCUUGCUUCCCCUAACCCUCAGUUCCUAAACCAUUUCAAAGCUUCCAAAUGACCAUUAUUGGUAAGAAGGAUUGUGCAGCUUUUAGUUUUUAUUUUUGUUUUCAAAGCCAAAGGGCCUUGCGAUGCCCCUCUUGCCCACCUCCCUUCAUACCCUGCCCUCCCCUAUACGACAAUCAAUGUGACCUCUCUUAAGGGCUGCAGCCCCCCCCCCCCCCCCCCCCCCCCGCUGGUUCUGCAAAGCUUGCCCCUAACUUUAACUGUCUCUCCUGAAAUCUUCCCAUUCCACCCCCUCCCUCUCAUUUUGGUGCUGGGAAUUAGGUGAUGGGGGGGGGGGGGCAGGGGGAGCAGAGAGAUAGAUUCUCCAGAGAAGACUCUUGGGGUAUCAGUCGUGUUCUCCUUUAUCAAUGUUUGGCGAUGACAGGAAGAUUCUGAGUAUUUGUCAGGAGCCCCAUUGUUUUGCUAGAUGAGAUUUCUGGUGGCUGCCUGUCCCCCUGCUGCCUCUUCAGCACACGGUCAGCAGUGCUGGGGCAGGUUGUGGGGAGUCCUCUGCCUCUCCUCAUGUGGCUAUGAGGAGGCGUGGAGGAUGAGCAGCCUCCUCUCCUUAUGCCAAAGGAAAUCCCACACCCCACCCUGGGCUCCCCAGCCCCUAGUGUUUUUUGAAGCGUUUUGACCAUUCUCAUGGCGACUGCAUAUUUAUUUUAAUGUUAAGAUUUUUUUUUUUUAAACCUCUUUGACUUAAACGGGUGUGGAGAAGUAAAACAGGCAGAAUGCCCCCCAAUCUUAAGGGGGUAGGGUGGGGAGGAAACACCUCCUUCCCUUUGCCCUCCCUCUCCCCUCCCCCUCUCCCCACCGCAGCUCUAAAGCACUUGCUUCAAGUAAUAAGCACUUUUGAGAAAAGGCCUAUUUUAAGUGAGGACCCUGGGAGCAGCCCCAGGUCCCAGCAAAGGAGACAGAGCGAGGGCUACAUAGGAGACAGGGAAACAGGUGUGUGAAUCAGAGGGCGAGAUAAGAGCCAGUUUUUAGUUUCUGAUUUUGGGGAGAUGUUUCUGAUUGGGCGGUGGCUUUGGUAGGGUUGUGUACUAUCCUUCAGAAAAACAAAUGGCACAAACUGUGGGUCCCAGGAUGGGCCAACAAACCCGGGUCACUGCCACUGUCCAACUGAGACUGAUGGGCCACCUCCCCCACUGUGGCCCCCUGAGCCAUAGGACUGCUGAAAACCACUGAAUGUACAGCCCAGGUUGGGGUGGGGAGCAGCCCCUGGGGGAGGGGGCUUCUCCUUCUGUUUGGUGCUGUGGGGGGUGGGAGAGAUGAGACUGAGGGACUGCCACCCCACUUAGACAUGUGUUCCUUGGGGUGGAGGGGCUGAGGAGGGUCUACCUCCCUCUCCAACCCCGGCAUGGCCCCUCUUCCUUCCUCAUCCCUAUCCGUUUUGACUGUAAGUCCAGCUCACCUUUGCCUUCAAUAUGUAACCAAAGGAAAACUCAAUACUGUUUCCACCGCUGUCUGCCCACCCGAGCACCUUCUUACUCCCUGGACCUUAGAAGGGGAGAAGGGGCUGGGGGUGGGGUGGGGGGCGUGGGGCCAGAGUGAACGGUUCUACAGCUGUAUCCCCCAAACCUCUCGGGUCUUGGAAGGGACCCUGAGAGGUGAGGCUGGGGCCUAGCUGGAGGGGCUGGGAACAGGCACACUCUGUAUCUUGUGCACAUGAGUGUUUCUUUGUCUGAAUGACUCCAGUGACUACGCUCCAGCAGGGAGGCCCCUUCCUCCUUCCCUCUCCACCGUUUCUCCCCCUCUCCCCACACCCCGUGUUCAUCCCCACCUCCCCUUCCCACCGCAAAGGAAAAUAGCCUUACAGACCCUAGCCCAGAAGCCCUCCUCCUGGGGCAAACCAGUAUGGGGCCCCAUCCCGCCUAGUUUGAACCCUACCUUUUAAGAAGGAGGGAUAAGGAGCAAAGCAGCCCCUUCCCCUCUAAUCGUGGUGGCUCCAGCCCUCCGUGGCCUUGACCCAGGUUGGCCAAGGGCGGAGGCAAGGAAUCUUUGAGGACCAAGCCCAGUGAUCUGGGAAGAGGGAGGUGGAGAGGGAAGGGCCUGACUUGGGGACUCCCUCCUCCCGACCCAACCCUAGAGAAGCGACCAAAUCCCAGAGAUGGGAGGAAGCUGGGGUGGGGAGGGUCUGCUCUAUGAAUUACUUGAAGGUACUGACUCCGAGGCUGCUGUUGCCCACUUAGGUGUGAGGGGGACACUGUCACUGCAUUUGGGAGGGCAGAGGGCGGCGGGUGACGAGAGCAUGUGCCCUUGGCCCUCAUUUACUCCUGCUAGGCCCUUUCCCUGGGGAGCCUGGCUUUGCCCCCAGGGAAAUCGGGGAGAGCCUUCCCCUCCCAUCUCCAUCCCUCACUCUGGGCACCCUCUCCAAUUGCACUAAAGUAGCUGUUGUGCCAGUCUUACCCCCACACCAGGGUGGGGUCUCUGCUUCCAGUCCUUUCUCCCCCGACUGCCUCCACUCCUGUCCCGGACAAUCUCCUUGUUCCCCUGUAUUCCUGGAUAGCUCAGCUUUGUAUGUGUGUGUUUUGGGGGUGGGGGUGGGUUCUGGCUGGAGUGGGUUCGCUAGGGGUUUGGGAAGGGCUAGGGGAAAGAUGGAGGACAAAGUCUCCUACCCCCUUCCUCAACUCCAAGCCACAGAAACCUGGGAGGGAGGGUGCCUACUCUCGCUGCCGUGUGUCUUGCAGAUGUGCCAAAAUGGGGGUGGGGGGGGGGGGAGGGGAGGGUGCCUGGCAGAGCGGCCCCCAGGGUGGCUCUCUCAAAGCAAUACAGUUCCUCCUGCCUGGGGGACGGCAAGACAGGGGAGAGGGUUGGGUUGGGGACCUGGGGGUUCCCUGUGUACAGCUGUGUAUAUUCAGGGGUGUUCUCUGUCUGGUACCCGCUGUGGGCGUCUAUGUGUGUGUGAACCUCCCCUUCCCUGUGCCCUGCAUGACCUGUGAUGCUGCAGACACCACCAUCCUGUGUGCAGGGGUGUGUUGGGGGCACCGAGGGGCAUGUUUCAUGUCCUGUUGCACCCUCCACCCUGUGACCCAUGUACUCGGUUGUAGGAAGUAAAGAGAACUGAGCACAAUUCAUUGGAUUCUAGUUGAAUCUUUCUCUAAGCAAUUUUCCUGUUCUUGCCCUUUUCCCUGCCCCGGAUCCACCUGUGGUGCUAGCGUUGGGGUCAGGGGUGUUUAAUGCUGGUGGGCAGCAAUAAAGGGCAGAUCCGCCCAGAUGCCUGUAUCCCCAGGGUGCUGAGGGCAGCAGGAAAAUGUGGGGACCUGGCGGUGCAUUUGCCCCACCCUACCCCUCCUCCCUGGGCUAAAGCACAAUGCGCUCCCUGCAGAUUGAUGCACCUUGCACCCUCCAGGCCCCUGCUCAUGUCCUCCCCCGACCUGCUUUGAGCCCUCCUCCCACACUUCCUGGUUUUCUAUGCUGUUUCGGUGCAAGUACAACUGUCGUAGUCAUGGCUUUGGGAUGGGUUCUGUUUAUUAAAAUCCUAUUGCUCCUA